ACUACAUAAUCAAUUACCAAAACACCAAAUGAACAACUCAGAGUUGAAGAGGGUCAAAGAGAUGACUUUCUGAUCUAUGUUAAGCAAGUGGGCUAUUUUCCUUUCUUUCCUUGGGUGUGUUUAGAGAAGUUGUUUUCUUUCAAUUUGAGCAGAAAAUGGAGAAUUCACAGAGGCCUAUUCUUUAUUUAGGGAUAUGCAUUUUCUCACUGCAAUGGAUACUCACUCAUCAGCAAGUUAAUGUGGCCUUACGAGGAAUUGCAACACAGUCUUCUUCAUUCUCUGGCUAUUACUAUGCUUCGUUUGCUAUUGAUGGCAACAGAGCAUCUGACUUGAGAUUGUCCUCAUGUACACACACAAAUGCUGACAAUAGCCCAUGGUGGAGGGUGAAUUUGUUGGCAAUGUAUGACAUUAGCAAUGUAAUCAUCACUAACAGAGGAGACGCCUGUGCAGAACGGCUAAAUGGUGCUGAGAUCCACAUUGGAAAUUCCUUAAUCAACAAUGGCAACAACAACCCCAGAUGUGUCGUUAUCCCUAGCAUGCCUGCUGGUGCCUCUGUAAACUACACCUGCAAUAUGCGGGGUCGUUAUGUGAAUGUGAUCAUUCCCAAUGUUAUCCAGUACCUCACACUCUGUGAAGUGGAAGUCUAUGGGGUUCCAGUUCCUGUAUUUAAGAAGGCAUUUCUAAGAAUAAAGUUUAACAGCAAAGAAGAUCUCAGCAACCAUAUCAUGAGGGACAAUGUUCUUCAAAAGAUCAAAUCUGCCAAUAUCCAAUCAUCAAUAUUUCAGGUCCGUUGGACAAAAGAACCAGAGAAGGAAACUUAAAAUAGGGAAGCAGAAACAUUUUAAAUAUGUAGAGAAGAAGAAGAAGAAGAAGAAGAAGAAGUGGUCAAAGAUCAACAAAAACCAUCAAAUGUGUGAGGUUUGGGUGUAGUAUACUGUAUAAAAUUACUGGAUAGCUGAUGAUGUAUAUAUACAUAUAUACGUAUAUAUUGGUUCAAAGUAUAUAUUAAUUAAUAGGUUAAUUCAUUAAUUUAUGUAUUAGAUGUAUUCAGUAGACUCUCAAGAAUAGUAAGAAUAUUAAAAAAAAAAAAACACUGACAUUUGCAUGGUUGCAGCACUAAGAAAACAUUUUGCACAACAGGGUAAAGCAAAACACUGUAAAUUAAUAAAUAAUAUUAAUACUCAUUCAUAUUUCUUAAAUUAUUAUUCUUUUUAUUAAUCAUUAUCUUCGAAUAUUGCCAUGAUACUUAUAAUGCAAUACUCAGAAUCCUUAUCACUUCCUAGCCAAUCAGAAAUGUUAACAGCCAAAGAAUCAUCACUUUUUUUAAUGCAUUUGAUUGGAUCUGGAAGCAUUUAAAAAUAGAAAGUGUUGAGAUCAUGUAGGAAUGAGGUUUUACUCGCUGGAUUAAGUGUGUCUAAUAUAAACUUUGUUCCUUCACUUGCCUGUUUAGAUUUUCCAAAAAUUGUAGAGUAAUGAUUCUCAUUAAAUUAUUAAUGGGCCUUGUUUAUUUAAUAUGUACAUUAUCUAUUCAGACAUGUUAAGCACAUUACAUUUGCGUAAAUAAACAUUUCAAACUGUUAUUAUGAGAGUCUUAUUUAGAAUGUAAGAUAUACAGUAACCUUGUCAGUGUCAGUGCCAAAUCAACGCAUUUAUCAGAAAUAUAAGGACUGUUUGUGUCUAAAAUCAAACACAAUAUUCUAUCUGUUUGUUUCAGGAUUGUAUCACUUUUUUAGCCAAUACUAAACUCACCUAACACAGACUCGCAUUAUGUUAUUAGAUACUCAGGAUAAUGCUUCUGGCAUUUUUACUUAUAGAUAAAAAUAUUAAAGAAACAUUUUGACUCACAGUAUAACACUGUGCCCUCUCAAAUCAAAUGAACGUGAUUGUGUUUUCUUUGUCAUGUAUCUCCCUGUGAAUAAAUUCCUAAUAUGUAGACAUCAAUAGAACUGACAUGCUUCUGUAUAAUAUAAUACAAACUUGAGCACCUGCAUAAGCCAACACUCAAUAUAAGGACCUUUUUCUCUGCAAAUAUUGACAUGACUAGAUAUUUGAGCCAAGAUAGUUUCCACUGAAGCAACAGAAAUUAUUUUACUGUUUAACCUUACAUUUGAUAAGGAACUGAUGAACAGCAGAUGUCGCCAGUGCACCAUGUGAAACAUGAUUUGGCGCAUGAUCAUUACAGGAACGCAGUUAGGUUGCCUAAUGUAAUGUGCUUCACAGUGUCUAUGCACAUGCAAAUACACAAUAAUAACUAUUAUUAUUAUUAUUAUUAUUAUUAUUAUUAUUAUUAUAUGUCCCUUAGUCAAUAGUACAUCGUUUUACUGGACAGGAAUGUGAUGUAAAUACAGAUUUUAAAAUAAUUGAGUAUUAGGCUGUUUAAUACAGCUCUACUAUAGUCUAUCCUACAAAUAGCGUGCACGUAUUUGUUCAGUUUUUACUUUCUUUUCAGCUAUAAACCAAUCGUGGUUGAACAGUGUGUCAGUGUUUAUACACUCUAGAGGAGAAAUAGUUGGAGUGAUCAGCACCUGUAUUUGCCUCUAUAGGUCCGCUGUUCUAAUUGCUGACUGUUGGGUUGCCAUGUCGGGAAAUUCAAACUGUAGCCAUUAAGAGAUAUGGGAGGGUAAAAUAUAUAUUUGACAAAUACCUAAAUUAUAUAUUAUAAAUUAUGUUAUAAAUAUUAGCUGUAAUUUAAUAAUAAUAAAAAAAUACAUUCAUUUUGUAUCCCCCUCUCUCUCUGCGCGCUUACUGGCCUCUAGCACCGCCGCUGUGUUGUGUAUGUCCGUGGGUGGUGGAGAGACCUAUAGCAUUGAUAACGUGGACUAAAGAAAAUAUGCCACACUACACACAUAUCAACACUACGGUACAUCAAGAGGCUCAAACAACGCUAAAGGCACUCGAAUCUGUUCUAACAUAAGUGUCAUAGCGACAUCUUGUGGACAACACAAUAUACUGCCUUACAAUUUCAUUACAAAAGAGGUCGCUCUCAACAUAAAAAACCUAUAAUUUAAUUCAUAAGCAUUCAUUUAAGCAGCAUUUUAAAAGCACUAGUAUCUCAAACAUUAAAUAAUAAACAUUGAAAUCAUUUUUCUCUAGAGCAGUGUGCGUUUUAAACAUUUAUUCAUAACAGAGAAUUAAUCCGAUCUGGCAACCUGAGCUGAUAUCGGCCACAGUCUUGGGGUAGCAGUCCCACUGCGCUAUCAGAUUAAAGACUAAUUGCAAUUUGUCUUGUUUGAGGACAUUGAUCUCGGUCCACAACAUUUUUAUCAGACAUGCUGACGUUUAUUUGUCAGCCAUGUAGGCAUGUUUUUUUGUUUUGCUUCAUUUACACCAUUUCUAUAUAUAUAUUUCUCUGUUUUCUACAUUUUAAUGCCUCUUUUGUAAAGAAUACAUAACUUCAAUUAAAAAGCAUAUGCUCUGAUUCAGUAAAUAAAAAUGCAUUCAAUUCUAUUAAUUCUACCUCUAAAGAAAAUUGGACUUACGAGUAAAGUACACUUGUACAUUGCAUAAAGUAGAGAUUCUAUUUAAAUCUAAUGCAAAUUCAGGUAAAUUAUUUGUUAUUCAUUAUAAAGAAAAUAUGCCAUGGAAUGGCAGGAAAGACAAUAAAUCAAUGCUUUUCCUAAUCAGCAAGUAUAUUUAAAUUAAAUGAUGAACUCAGACCCUCACUGUCAUGCAGGAUCAGAACGGUAGCCGUCCCAGGUCUAGGAGAAUUUAGUAGCCCAUUGGUAUGCAGAAAGGGACCAUUUAAAAUGCAUUUUGUGAUGGAACAUUAUGAAGGUCUAGGACCAUUCUUCAUUUGCAAAUCAUCAAAUAAGUUUUGCAUGCCCCUAUAUUGUAAUAUGUUUUAGUCUGCUUUGUUUUCACAGUCACAGCUUCAGUGCCCACUGAUACCUUAAUGGCUAAUUAAAUAUAUUUGCUUUUAUACUGUCUGGCUAUUAAUUACUUUGCAAGUCUCCUAAGAUGUUGCAUAAGAAAAAAACGGAAUGUAAGCAAAUAGCAUAAAAUGUACAUACAUUAUAGGUAAGUUAUUGAACAUUUUUCAUCAGGUGAACCAACUUAAGAAUUGGUUUGCCCAAUCUAGGUCUAUGAAAAAUUUAUGAAAAAUAUAUAUUUAUUAAAAUACUUUGAGUGUGGUUGGGCAUCGGCUGAGGAUGAAGACAGGCAGCACACAUCCACACAGGGUUCAAAAGUGGUAUUUUGCAAAUAUUUUGUAUUUACCUGAAGUGCCUGAUUUUAGUCAUUGUAUAUUCAAUGACUGUCCACUAUAAUAAGAAUACCAUACUACUUAGAAACACUGCCUCAGUGACUCAAUUCAAUUAGAACAGCCUCAGUUCCUCAUGGCAUGCAUGGUGUUGCAGAGUCAUCUGUUUUGUCAUUUUGCCUGGGCAAUUUGUAUCACAUGCCAAGGUGUACCUAAUUAACUAACUUUUAAUUCUCUGUUUAGAAUGACCAAAUUAUUCAUAACAUGCCUUAAUAUAAAGGAAACAUUUUUGCUUGUACUGUUUUAAGAAAAUAAUCGACAAUGAUGAUGUAGCCCAAUGUGUGUUACAUAUAUCUUUGGCCUCUAGCUGGAGCAAAAUAACAUGCAUGGACAGGACCGGUUAAAGGCAAACCACAAAAAAAAACAGACUGCUGUUAACAUUUACAUUUCAUUUUGAUAAGCCAGAAGACCCUCUGAGAACAGCAUUUGUGUCCAUCUUAGAUUCAUUAGGUGUUAAUCAAAAUGUAAUAGGACCCACUCAUAAUGGAGGUCACACUCUGGAUCUCAUUUUUACAUUCGGAUUAAAUAUAGAAAACAUAGUCACUCUUCCACAGUCGGAAGCUAUCUCAGAUCAUUAUCUAGUUUCAUUUAGAAUGCGUCUUAGUCACGAGAUGUGCAACUUGCCGCAUUACUGUAUGAAGCGUAUAUUUACAUCUGCUACUGCAGAGAGAUUUACCGAUAGUCUCCCAGAAUUAUCACACAUGAUUGGUUCACCUUCUGACCCUACAGAACUUGACCAGGCGACUGAUUACUUGGAGUCAUUAUUUCGGAACACCCUAGACACUGUAGCUCCACUUAAAAGGAAAAAAAAAUAAAGACAAGAAACUAGCACCCUGGUACAACAACCACACAUGAGCUUUAAAACAAUCAGCUAGGAAACUAGAGCGUAAAUGGCGUCAAACUAAAUUAGCAGUAUUCCAGAUUGCGUGGAAGGAAAGCCUUCUGAGAUACAAAAAUUCUCUUAGUGCUGCUAGAUCAGCAUAUGUGGUCUUACAUUCGAAGCUCAUGUAGAUAAUAUCACUAGGGUAGCCUUCUUCCAUCUUAGGAAUAUUGCUAAGAUAAGAAAUAUGUUGUCGCUGCAUGAUGCAGAAAAAUUAGUUCAUGCUUUUGUUACCUCUAGGUUGGAUUAUUGUAAUGUCUUACUGUCUGGAUGUUCCAGUAGGAGCAUACACAAGCUCCAGUCCAAUGUUUAAGUCUAGGCUGAAGACAUAUUUGUUUAGUCAAGCUUUUAAUGUAUAGUUUUCUUAGGUAAAGGAGCAGAUCUGGAAGGUUCAUGGUCAUAGAGUGUUUGGUGUAAUGGGAUGUUUUGGAUGCUGUCAUCUUACCACCCUCACAAGUCGUUCAGGUUUGCUGACUGUGAAGUGGUUGGAUGCUUUAUGUCCCGGGAAGCCUUCAUGUCUGUGACCUUCUGGCUCUCCCUUUUAGAUAUGCUGUCAUAGCGAGUCCCUGCCUGCACUUUACACAUAAUUCUACAUUGUCUUUAAGCAUCACAUGAUCAGAAACUUAAUAUCUUUCUCUUUCUCUCUCUACCUUCUCUGUCGAGCUAUACAGCCCACUCCUGAGCUCCCAGUGUUUGCCAGUUCCCAGUGCGACCGCUGCCCUACCCCUGGUCAGAAUCUCGCCGCUUGAUGGUGCCCACUGAUGCUGUGGAUGGAUCUGUGUGGCCCAGGAGACAGCCAUGGACAGAGCCACUUGGGGACUUUCACACCAUCACAGAUAUGCCAUUUCAUCUGUCAGCCCGUGACAGCAAAGAACUAGUGUUUAUAAUGACCUUAGAAACUACAAUGACCUAAUAGUUCCUCAUGGGUCAUUGAUUGCUGUUGUAGAAAGGACAUUAAUUAGCUACAGUUACAUUAUUUUCUGUUUAGUGUCACCCAAAUGAGGAUGGGUUCCCUUCUGAGCCUGGUUCCUCUCAAGGUUUCUUCCUUUCCAUCCCAGGGAGUUUUUCCUUGCCACCGUUGCCACAGGCUUGCUCAUUAGGGAUAAAAUAGUCUAAUUAUAGAAUUUAAUAAUUUAUUCUUAUUUCUAGUUAAUUAGUUGUUUUUUAUUUUUUAUUAUUAUUUUUCAUUUUC